UUCCUUUUGGGGGAGGAGUGAGGUCAUUCUGAAUGGUAAAAUCAGCAGAACUAAACAGCCUAUUUAGUUAUUUUGCUCCUGUCCAUCGGCCCCUGCUCUCUUACAUUUUCUCUGUCCCACUGCGUCAGGCCUGGUUUUUGUUUUUUCCUGUAAAUGGUGAAACUCUGCCCCGGCUCGGUGACCUGUAGCCCGGCCCUGUGGGAGUAUUCUCUUCCCUCUACUCCUCUUGGCCUCACCUUCUCAUCCCCCCCCCCCUUCUUCUUCUUUCCUUGGUAAUUGCUCUAAGGGAUGGACCUGCCCCCCAGACACAAGGACAAACCCAGGCAAGGCAUCUCAGUUCAAGUCAGAGUAAAUGUGAUUGGCGUUGAGCGGGGUGGGUGGUUUGAUUUUCAUCUUGUGUACUUUACUUCACGUGACGUUUGGUCUUUGUUUGGGACAGUUUAAAUUUGAUCGGGUCGAUAUUUUCAUUGACACUUCAUUUUAAGAGUAAACAUUAAUUUGGACUUUUUGAGGAUUUGACUCUUGGCUUCAGAUUAUUGAUUUCAGAUUAUUUCUAAGCAUUAAUAAAUUACUCCUGCCACCAUGCCGGUCCGAAUCAUGUGCACCAUCUCCUUCUCGGCCGAUGACGAGCCAGGCCGAGGAUGUGGUAAAGAUGGUUUUGAUGACCACUACAAGCGCGUAAAUAAGAAUUACGGGGACGGGGACUCUCAGGACUACCUGGAUGGGUGUAGCCAGGUGGAUGAUUACAAUGACGAGGAGGACGAUGACGGCGGAGUGGACGACCUGGCCACUUUCUUCAGCGGGUGCUCUCUCCACGGCGCCAAUCAUGUGUUCGUGGAGGACAAGAAGUUUGGUAUCCGUCAGGGUCUGUGGGCGGUGAUCUUCACCAUGGCCCUGUCCGCUUUCUUGUUCCAGGUAGUCGACAGGGUCAUAUACUAUCUCCAAUAUGACUACAUCACCAUGCUGGAUGAAAAACUGGCCAAGAACAUGACCUUCCCGGCUGUCACCAUAUGUAACUACAACUUUGUUCGGAAGUCUCAGAUGAGCUACAGCGACUUGAUUUUCAUGGGCCCUCUGCUGGGCUUCGAGGAAGGCAUGGCACCGGGGUUUCCUCUCGCCCCGGAGCCGGACCGCCCGCCGGGCUCUCGCUUCAGCCUGGAUGAGUUCUACACCCGCACUCGACACCGCAUUGACGAAAUGCUGCUGGAGUGUAACUUCAGAGGGUUAGAGUGUGGCCCAGAGGACUUCAUGGAGGAGGAAGAAGUCACCGGGAGCCAAAUCUGGCAAGUUGGGGCCGUUGGGAACUGAUGAUUGUGCUGGCGUGACCAAAUAACCCAGUUUCCAUCACGCCACAGUUCAGGUGGUUCGUACUGAAUAUCCUCCCUCAGAUGCCUCAGAAUGGUGCAGGAAAACAUCAGCAUGAAACACCUUCUUCUGUCUUGGAGACAGUGGACUCUUCCACAGUUUGGUGUCUGGAUCAUCACCUCUCGUCACCAGUGAUGAUCCUCCACAUGAAGGUUGGUUGUCUCAGGCCUGUUGAUGGAGAUCCUCCCAGACUUUGACACUGAAAUCACAAACAUGUGUAACACAGGUCCAAAUGUUGAUAAUCCAACAUAAUUCAGAAUAAACCACACUUACUGCUCACACCGACUACGCUGCACCCUUCAUUUGCAGUCUGAGCUUUUUGAUCGCAGCUCAUUAGUGUGAAGCAUGUUGGUCUCGUGCAGUAGACCAGAGUUUGUGCCCUGUCACUGAACCCAAACACAGACCAUGGACUCAGAGUAAGACAGGAGAGAGUUUCUUGUCUGCUCUCAGGGAGUGAAGGUGAAUGGAGGUGAGGAUUACAGCAGGUGAAGGCAGAGGGCAGAGGGAAGCUGGUGGCUGUCGAAGCAGAGCAGAGAUGAAGGCAGGGCUGUGAGCGUGACUGGAUGACUGAUCGGCAGGCAGGCAGGCAGCGAUCCUGUGGCACAUGGGGACAAGGAUUAGUUCAGUGAUCAAAACAACACGAGAGCCACAGCUUAGCAUGCACAGUUUGACGUGUCCUGAGAGCAUGAUGUACCACGCUGUCUGAAACAACGAUGUGAUGAUGAGUGGAUGAAGGAAGGGUUAAACGAGAAUUGUAGAGUAGAUGAACUGCAGGUUCACCUGGUUCACCUUUGACCACCCAUGUUUGGUGCAGGUGUGAGAUGGAGUUCUCAGUGUGUGAGGGUUGUUACUAACAUGUUGGGCAUGCUCAGUUGCAGUUUCACCCGCAGAUGAAGUGGUUUAUAAUCUGACUGAUUGUCCUGUGACCCUGACAGAUUAGCGGUGUAGAUAAUGGAUGUAUGUUAGAUCAUCUUUUGUACUGACAGCACCGUGUUCCCAGAUCACAGAAAUUACUCAAAUUACAAGAAGCUGGAUUUAUCUAAGGCUAGAAGUGGCUUUGGCUAAGAACACCUCGAUCAUGCUGCUUUUCCUCUCUCACUCACACCAUGUCUUUCUCCUCUCUUCUCCCUCAGUCACACAGUAAACUACACACUGUAGCCAAAGGUUGGAGCAGAGAGUAAGGAUCAGGUCUGCAUGGUGUCCAGCUUUUACUGUGGACUGGGACACAGUCUGAUGGUGACCAACUGAGCAUGAACCACCACUUAACCGACACCCUGAGAGACAGAUAGAGAGAGAGAGAGCUGGUAAAACACUUUGUCAAUGGAGCAUUCAGCCUCUGUCGCCUGUGUUGACACAUGCUGCCCUCAUCAGGGCCAAACUGGGCCACAGCAGGGUCAGAAAUCCCAUUAAACCUCUGUUAGGCUCUCUGGGACUUCGGGAGAUGCUCUAAAGACGAGCUAUAUGCUUUGCAUUCAUUUAUCAGCAGCAUCUUGACCUUUUUUGUUUUCUCCAUAACAUUUCACAUCUUUCACUGAAACAUAUCAGGGAAUUGACAGGAGGGAAUGUCAGCCAGUUUGCUUACACCUGAGUGUCACCAAAAUGUUAAACACACUGAACUUUUUUCUUUUCUUCCAGCUUUGAAUCUGCAUCGUUUAAAAUUCAACUAAUGAAAGAAACUCCAAUCUCUACAGUAUUACUUUCUCUAAUGCAGUGUUCAAUUUAGAAGACGAAUACAAACAGGCAGCAGGGAUUAUGGUGCAUGUGUGUGGGGUUGUGUAUGUGUGUGUGCCCAUAGGUGUGUGUGUGUGUGUGAGAGAGAGAGAGAGAGAGAGUGACAUGUUUGAUAAGGAAGACAAAUGGUCUGUAGCUACUGAGGCCAAUGAUUUCAUUC